AUGGCUUCCGAUACCUUCUCAGCGGAGCUGCCGACUGAGAUUGCCAGCACUAUACAAGCAGCUCAUAUCAGAAGCGACCCCGAUCCCGACCUCGAUAUGGCCCCCAGCACCGCCGCCGAUGAAAAGGAGAUUGUGGACGAAAAGUACGACUACGACGCCCUGCGGAACAACGACGCCCCUAGUCAGCUCGACGGCAUUGACGACGAUGACGAGGAGGAGGAUGAUAUCCCAUAUAGUGUCCUAAAGCGACCGCGUCGCCAGCGACAAGCGCUUCCACCGCUACCCGACCUGCGUUUCGAGCAGAGCUAUCUCAAGAGCAUCGCCACCGCCGACACAUGGUGGAAGAUUGCCCUCAUCACAACACGAGAUCAGGCACGUUCCCUUCCCGCUGCGGCCUCGGCCUGUCCUCCCAACUAA